GCAGUCAGCAUUCAUCGCGUUCGCGCCAGGAAAAGCGUUCGGAAAACGAAUUUCGAGAUAUUUUUAAAAAUAUCACUCAUACGCACGGGAGAGCGAGUGCCUGAAACGAGAGUGAGAGUGCACUGAUAUUCAGUAAAUAAAUAAAAACCAAGUUUUGUUUAUUCAAAAUCAAACGGAGAAAGUGUUUUAAUAAUGCCUUUCGAAGUAUAUAAUCAUGUGAAAUCGGCUGCCAGCAGCUCAUUAAUUUAUAAAUAAAUAUAUUAAAUAUAUUCUGGCGUGUGUGUGAGUGAGCAGCAUCGAUAAAAAGCUCCCCGAAGAAAUUUCUUUUCGGAGGCGGAACGUGAAAACAAAUUACUAAAUUAUCUUCGCCGAGAAAAGCGCAGAGAAAGCCAAGAACUCUCAGCCCAAAAUAACAAAAAAAAAAAAAUCGAAUCGCAGAUCAUUCCAUUCCAAUUUGAUUAACCCCAUCGCGCCGACUGUCCCUUGGCAUUGAUUGUUGACAUUCUCGCCGCCAAGAUAUGCAAAUGGGAAUAUGCGAAUAUCUUGCACACACACUCGUGUUGUAAAUUAAAUUCCCAAGCUUAAAGUGUCGACGGCGCCGGGUGGAAGCCAGGACAAAGGACAUAGUCAUCAGGUGCUCGUGACCCCUGAACCGUGCAACAAUAAGUAUCCGACCUGUGGCCGCAGAAUUGAUGUUCGUGCGAAAGUUACCCGUCGGCUGCCUAAAUGCUACGUCCACGAUUCGAUAAGGGUUAGGCUUACGCAUCGGGGAAGUGGGUCAGUAGACUCCGGGAGCCAUGAGUGGUACAGCGGUUGCGCGGCUCCUGCUCCGCCUGGAGCUACCCUCGCCAGGCGUAAUGCCACCACCGCCCACGGACUACGAUUACGGUGGACCCAUCAGCGACGAUGAGUUCCUGGCCAGUGCGAUGGCCACCGAGGGCCCAACGGUACGCUACGAUUUGUUUCCGCAGAACAACAGUCAGCCCACUCUGCAAAUCGUCCUUAACCACACGGAGGUGCAAACGGAUCUGCAAUAUCCCCACUACGAGGACCUGGGCCUGGAUCCCGAUCCGAAUUGGACACGAAUCUGCGAGGAUGUGUACAACCCACUGCUGGAGAACAAUCGCAUUGAGUUCUGGGUGUGCGGAGUACUGAUAAAUAUCGUUGGUGUCCUCGGCAUCCUAGGCAACAUAAUCUCCAUGAUAAUCCUCUCCCGACCACAGAUGAGAUCCAGUAUCAACUACUUGCUCACUGGAUUGGCCCGCUGUGAUACGGUGCUGAUUAUCACCUCUAUCCUGCUGUUUGGAAUACCCAGCAUAUAUCCAUAUACGGGUCACUUUUUCGGCUACUACAACUAUGUUUAUCCGUUUAUAUCGCCGGCGGUAUUCCCUAUAGGCAUGAUAGCCCAGACAGCUAGUAUAUAUAUGACAUUUACGGUGACCUUAGAGAGAUAUGUAGCCGUUUGCCAUCCUCUGAAGGCGAGAGCACUCUGCACUUACGGAAGAGCUAAAAUAUAUUUCAUAGUUUGUGUAUGCUUCUCGUUGGCCUACAAUAUGCCCAGAUUUUGGGAGGUCCUGACUGUCACCUAUCCCGAACCGGGCAAGGAUGUAAUACUCCACUGCGUGAGACCUUCGAGACUGAGAAGAUCGGAGACCUACAUCAACAUAUACAUACACUGGUGCUACCUGAUAGUGAACUAUAUCAUACCCUUUCUCACCCUAGCCAUACUAAAUUGUCUGAUAUACAGGCAGGUGAAGAGGGCUAAUAGGGAGCGCCAGAGGUUAUCGAGAUCAGAGAAAAGGGAGAUCGGAUUGGCCACAAUGCUGCUGUGCGUGGUGAUAGUGUUCUUUAUGCUCAACUUUCUACCGCUGGUGCUCAAUAUAUCCGAGGCCUUCUAUAGCACCAUCGAUCAUAAAAUUACGAAGAUCUCCAAUCUACUGAUCACCAUCAAUAGCAGUGUCAACUUUCUCAUUUACAUCAUCUUCGGCGAAAAGUUCAAGCGCAUUUUUUUACUCAUUUUUUUCAAGCGCCGCCUGAGUCGUGACCAACCGGAUCUUAUCCACUACGAGAGCUCCAUAUCGAACAACGGCGAUGGAACUCUGAACCACCGAUCCUCCGGCCGCUUCUCGAGGCACGGCACCCAGCGGAGCACCACCACCACCUACCUGGUGGCCACCGGAGGACCAGGCGGUGGGGGAUGCGGUGGUGGCGGUGGCAAUAAUUCCCUCAAUAAUGUCCGACUGACCCAGGUCUCGGGAUCACCCGGUCUGGUCAAGAUCAAGCGAAAUCGAGCUCCCUCGCCUGGUCCAGUGGUUUACUUUCCCGCCCGCGAAAUGCAGAGAUCCGCAUCCACAACAAAUUCAACAACCAAUAACAACACUUCUAUUGGUUACGACUGGACCCUGCCGGACAGCAAAAAACUGGGACACGUCUCCUCUGGAUUCUGAGAUUGUGUCCGGGCAAAAACGAUUAGAAGGGUUCACAUGGAAGGGGUUGACUUAGAGCACCAAUCUUGUAAAUAGGAUAGACACGGAAAUAGGGCUUAACAAACAGCUGUGGUCAAAAUAGUAGUAGCAUUUCUUUACAUUUCUUUAACAUUGGAAUUUUAAAGGAGAUUUAAUUUCCAAUCUGAAUAAUAUAUUAUAAAAAAAACUAAUCACUUUAAAUAAUUUGAUGAAUUUCACGAGUUUUAAAUAAUCAAAUCUAUAAUGAAAUCUAAAAAAAACGAUGAAUGCGAUUUUGGGUAAAUAAUUAUUCGAUUAUUAAAGGUGAACGUAGCUUUUUAAAUUUAAUAAAAACAUUUUCUAAGUGGCAUGAGUGCCCGGGAAUGCUAAUAUUUUGACCGGAGGUGUAACUACUAAGUACUACUAUAGUUUGUACAGAAGGCAUAAACUAUGCGCUCCAAGCGUUGAGUUACUUGUGAUAAGCGUUAAAUGUUUCCUUCCCCAAUUUCUCUACUACUCCUCCAGAACUUAACUCGUUGAUAUAGAUUUUAAGAAAGUUAGUUUCAGUGGCGGCCAGGCUGAAGAAAAUAGUUUCUUAGACUGAGAGUUUUAAUAUUGUUUUCCUAACGUUUUCCUAUCAUUUCUCCGGUUCAAUGAAUUGAAUUUGUAUCAAUUUCGCACUAAAUUAGUCAUCGAAACUUUUCCGAACCCAAUAUCGUUUCACUUUCUACUGGCCUUUGUCCGAAGUUUUAUUUAUUAGCGUAAACUUUAGCUGCCUCUAAUUAAAUAUCCUUUACGACGCAUUUCUCGGCCGAACUUGAUGAAUGAUUUUCCUUUUCUUUGGCUGAUUUGGGUUUCCCGAACUUUUCGAUUUCCCUCACACUUUACCGGAAACUGGGGUUCUUCGGGUCCAAAUAUACAAAGGCCGGGCAAUCUGUCAACUUGUCAGAAAGUUUUUAAAAUGCCGCUCAAAGUUCAGUCAGCUCAAAAGUUUGCCAGCAUUAUUUAGUCGCCCUAAAAACUCAAGUAGCUCAAUUUAACAGCAAAUGCAACAAUAAUAAACAACAAAAGAAAAAGACAUUUUCAGGUGUUCACAAACGAAUUAUUUUUACUGCUCCUUGUCCCACAAAAUAUAAACUACCCAAUACACUGUGUAAAUACUUUUAAGAGUUAUGUAUAUAUACUUAUGAUCUAGUAUGCCAAGCAUAAACGAAAACCAAAGAGAUUUAGAUUUCAAUUGAAGUCCAGGAAAGGGGUAACUAAGUUAUUGUUUUGACGCUUUUAUCAAUUCUAUAAAUAUUGCCCAGUUAUAAUCAACACCCAAUUAUCAGACGAAAACCAAUAAUUUAGUUUCCCUUUUCCUAAUAAAAAUAUACCUUAAUUCAACUAGAUCUAGAUUAGCUUUAAUAUUGUAUAGUCUUAGCGAAUACGUAAUCGAAACUAAUUUAAACAAAUUCAACGAUUGUGC